AAUGGCCAAGGAAAGUUCUAGGUCUAAACCUGAAAGACCCCUGCUUAGCUUAAUAACACACCCCCACCCUAUCUUCAGCUUUGGUAACGCCUCACUUGCAGGGCUUGUACUUCCACACAUAAGUAACAAAACCAGUUGGCAAACAGGAUAUCUGCGGUUAGACAUCCGGGCCCCGGGAGAACUGGACCCCGGGAGAACUGGACCCCCACCUUCCCCACCGCAAGACAGGUACAGGUUGCUACAUAAAUAACCGCUUUCAUUUCGCUUCUGUAAAACUGCUUACGCGCCCAACCCUAGCCGGCAAGUCCCCAGCCGCUUCGCAACCCGGGCUCCAAGUUGCAUCAGCCGAAGGAAACUUCAUUUCCCAAGCAUCCCCAGGACACAAUUACCCCCACCCCUAACCACCACCAAGAAGAGAGCCUACCACCAGCCUGUAUGCAAAUGUAACUCAAAUGGUAUAAAAGACCUGUAACCUCGCUUACCGGGGCUCUCCCGCUUUCUAUCACUGGGGAUCCCUGGUGCACCAGUAAAGACUCUCUACCGAAAUCGGAGUGCCGUGUGGUUCCUCGCGCCAAAUCUCGUUCCCUAGGGACGUGGGUCCCAACAUUUGGUGCGUUGGCCGGGAAGGGAGAGGCGGCCGGAGAACCCCGGCCCCGUCGGUAGACGACUAUUCGGCCCGGGCCACCACUGACGGACUGACCGAGGACGGACCUUUGUACCUUUGUCUGCACACAGGCAAGAGCCCACAAUCUGUCCGUUGAGGUUCGAAAAGGUCGAUGGCGAACUUUUUGUUCGUCGGAGUGGCCCACCCUUCACGUAGGGUGGCCCCGGGACGGGACUUUUGACCUCUCUGUUAUAUUACAGGUUAAGAUGAAGGUAAUGGAUCCUGGACCACAAGGUCAUCCAGAUCAAGUGGCCUAUAUCCUCACCUGGGAGGAUCUCAUCCGGAAUCCUCCGGCAUGGGUGAAACCCUUCCUCCCUUCCUGCCCCACAUCUCAGUCUACCCUCCUUCCCCUGGAGACUUCAAAAAACCGAGCCUCAACCCAAACUUCAGAUCCGCCCAAACCAGUUCUUCCUGACGAGUCCCAAAGGGACCCUCUCCUCCUAGACGCUUUGUCUUCGCCGCCCCACAAUCCCCUCUUACAACCUCCACCCUAUAAUUUACCCCUGGCCCCCGUCUUGUCCCCGGUGGCCCCUACUUCCCCUUCUGCCCCUAGUUCCUCCUCCCCCUCCCCAACUUCCUCCCCCGCCUACACGUCAGCCCCAUCCUCUACUCCAGCCCCACCCGAUCUAACUCCCCAGACCCCACCUCGGACCCCCCGCCUCCGUCUCCGGCGAUCGGACGACCCGAACGGCCCUCCCACUUGGCAAUCUUCCCUGUUUCCUCUCCGGACUGUCAACCGGACUGUCCAGUACUGGCCAUUUUCUGCAUCUGAUCUUUACAAUUGGAAAACUCAUAACCCUUCCUUUUCCCAAGAACCCCAAGCCCUAACCUCACUGAUAGAAUCUAUCCUUCUCACACACCAGCCUACUUGGGACGACUGUCAGCAGCUCUUACAAGUCCUUUUGACUACCGAGGAAAGGCAACGAGUUCUCCUAGAGGCUCGGAAAAAUGUGCCGGGGCCCGGAGGUCUUCCAACUCAGCUCCCCAACGAAAUAGAUGAGGGGUUUCCCCUCACCCGCCCGGACUGGGACUAUGAAACGGCUCCAGGUAGGAGACUCCGUGUACGUCCGGCGGCACCGCUCUCAAGGAUUGGAGCCUCGUUGGAAGGGACCUUACAUCGUCCUGCUGACCACGCCCACCACCAUAAAGGUUGACGGGAUCGCCACCUGGAUUCGUGCAUCGCACGCCAAGGCAGCCCCAAGGACCCCUGGACCGGAAACUCCUGAAACCUGGAAGCUCCACCGUUCGGAGGACCCUCUUAAGAUAAGACUCUCCCGUGUCUGACUGCUAAUCCACCUUGUCCCUGUACAAACCCAAAAUGAAACUCCCAACAGGAA